AUUCAUUAUCAUUAUUCAAAACAUUGUUUCUUUCCUUUGCUUGCUACGGUCACGAUCUGCGAUCUUGUCCAUUUUCUUUUUGCCACACGUUGAAUUGUUGACUCAGUUCACAUAGAAACAGUCAUUCCUUCCAUCACAAACUACGUUCAUUCACUGAGCUCGUGUCAUUGUAUACUCUCUUCUAGCAGACUAUAUCUAUUGCUCAAGCACUGCUUUCCCCAUACAGUUUCUACCGUGGUACAAAACAAACAUCGAACGUACUCCCUCGCUUUAUACCCAAGAACAAACAGUUCCUAGACUUCCAUAUUAUCAAUCAUGUAUCGUGUAGCAGAGCUUGCACUUUUCCUCUCCGCCCUGGCUGGUAGUGCCUCGGCUCACGGUGUCAUGGGCACCAUUCUAGCUGACGGCAAGACCUACGAGGGCCAGGCCAACACUGGAGCCGGCCCCGUGUGGAGCUAUCAAGGACCUGAUCCCUUUGGACCCGUCCAGUCCGGCGGCUACAGCAACAACAACCAGAUUGCGUGCAACUACGACGGCAAGGUCGGGGCUUCACAGGUUGAAGUCCAGGCUGGAAGUGAGAUCGAACUCACCUGGACAACCGGUGGCAACGGCGUUUGGGCUCACGACAAGGGCCCCAUCAUCGACUACCUCGCAGCGGCUCCGAGCGACUUUACGCAGGCCACUACCGACAACCUCAAGUUCUUCAAGAUCGCCGAGUCCGGCCUCGAAAAUGGUGACUGGACCAUGAACACCAUCCUCCACGCCACCAACAAGUGGAAGGUCACUGUCCCCGCGAGUCUCAAGGCCGGCAACUACGUCCUCCGCCACGAGCCCAUCGCCCUGCACCAAGUCGGCGGCACUGGCCCGGAAAACUACCCCAUCUGCAUCAGCCUCAAGGUCUCAGGUGGUGGCUCUGAUCAACCCGAAGGUGUCCUCGGAAACCAGCUCUACACACUUGCCGAGAAGGGCCUCACCACGAACCCCUAUGGAAUAACCUCCUACGAGUUCCCGGGCCCUAAGCUCGCAUCCCUCAACGGAGGAGGCACACAGAACCCUCAAGUCCCUCCUGUCACACCGCCCGCCUCAUCUGUGGCCGCACCAGCUGUCCCAGUUGCACCCAGCCCUACUCCCACACGUCCAGCCGUCGCUCAGCCUCCCGCCGCAGUGCCAUCCCAGCCAGGCGUCUACACCGAACUCGUCGUCGUCACCGUCACAGACUACGUGACCGUCACGGCCGAGCUUCCCGCCCCGAGCGCCGUCAACCGCGGCCAGCGUCGACAUUUCCCCCGCGAGCGACGUCACGAGCGGUACUUCAAGCAUCGAUCCUAGAUUCCGUGGCAUCUUUUUGUAAAAUAAAGUCUCUCGUCCCGCGGUUUAGUUCCGUUGUAUGUUUGUAGGUGUGUACGUUUAGCUAGCCGGCUCUGGAAAAGUUGGGUAUCUACUGGAUAGAUACGCGGAGUGGGUGUUUUUUCUUCUUAUGUACUUCAGCGUACUUUACAUAGGGAAAUGGCGUUUUAGGAUGAUAUCCU